AGCUUGAAGACAUUGUUCAGCGAGCUGCUUCCUCCAGCGGGUCCACUGCUGAAAGCUGGGCACUCUCUCCAGAGGCUGCUGCGGUGCUCAGAAGCUGAAAUUGAAGCUGACUGAGAUGAAGUGUACGUUGUUGCUGCUGACUCCGUUGUUAAUCCUACCUGCUGUACCAGCUGACAGCUCUGUGGAUUAUGACGACUAUGAUGAUUACUCCGAUAACGGGGACCCACCAGCUCCCCCAGUGAAGGGUUCAAUCCCGAGCACAGCUGAUAUCAUGAGGACGUUUGCUGCUGAGCGUAGAACUCUGAAUGGUUCCAAUGACACGGUGUGGGUGGUGCGUGAAAGAGCCUCACAGUUACUUACUGGACCCCUCACCACUGCCACCAUCCCAGCUCUCUACACCCUGGUCUUUGUCAUCGGCCUCCCAUCCAAUGGCCUGGGGCUUUGGGUCUUGGCGACCAGGGUCCGCAAAUUACCGUCCACCAUCUUCCUGAUGAACCUGGCUGUAGCUGACCUGCUCCUGUGCCUUGUGCUGCCGUUCAAAAUUCACUAUCACUUCCUGGGCAACCACUGGCUCUUUGGUGAGGCUCUGUGUCGGACAAUGACGGCCUUCUUCUACGGGAACAUGUACUGCUCCGUCCUGCUGCUCACCUUCAUCAGUGUGGACAGAUACUUCGCUCUGGUCCACCCGUUUCUCUCCAAGCGAUUCCGGGGCAAUGGCUUCGCUGUCCGGAGCUGUUGUGUGAUUUGGCUGCUUGUUGUCGUUGCCAUGUUACCGUUUCUCCUCCGUAGACAGACCUAUCCAAUCCAGAACCUCAACAUCACCACCUGCCAUGAUGCCUUACCCCUGGAAAGUCUAAAUGACUAUUUCUUCUAUUAUUUUGUGUGUCUGGUUGGUUUGGGCUUUGUAGUUCCUUGCUGUGUGACAGUGUUUUGCUAUGGCUCUGUCAUCUGGACCCUGAUCCAGACAGAGAGACGCUAUGUCCAUGCUGCAGUGCUCACAGGGCUCAUCCUGCUGGUGUUUGUGGUCUGCUUUGCCCCUAGUAAUUGCAUUUUGCUCAUUCACCACUCAGAGUACCUGCAGCACCAAAGCAGUCAGCUGUAUAUUUAUUACAUGGUGAGUCUGGUGCUCAGUAGCUGCAGCAGCUCCAUCAACCCCUUCAUUUAUUAUUAUGUUUCCGAUGAGUUUCGAGCCAAAGUGAAACGUGUCAUUUACUGUCAGAAAGUCAAAGACAGGACCUUCUCAGGUAAAACGUCUCAGGAGCUUCUGUCUACAAGCACCUACUCACCAUCCACACGGACCACAAGCUCCACAAGGAACAGUUCCAAAAACUGAACCCACCCAAACUCUGCUCCCAGUACCUCGCAGGCCCAGACACACCACCAGUUGGAAAACAAUCCCAAUCAGUCAAUCCAAACAGAUUCUGAAUCCCCCAAUGUCAUCAUUUUGGAAUUUAGAAAAUACAAGUGUUCUGGUGUUGGGGGGGGGUUGGGGGU